AUGCUCACUCAAAUUCAAAUAGACGUUUCCACUAAUGAACUUUUAAAUUUGGGUCCUAAUUUUGCACCUUCUUAUAAAAAAUUACCGUUUGUGGAGAUAUUAACACCGAUUGAAUCAUUUGCAUUCUUACAAAAAUUGGAAACAAGAGUUCUACAUAUUGCGAAAAUUAACAAUUUUUCACCAAAAUCUUAUAGAAGGUAUGUUGAUGAUAGCCAUGCCAGAUUUGAAUCAGUUGAAAAGCAUAACAAUUUUUUUAUUUUAUUAAAUCAACAAGACUCCAAUAUUCAGUACACGUCAGAGGUUGAAAAUAAUCAGAGAGAACUAAAUUUUUUAGAUAUAAAAAUAACUAACACAAAUAAUUACUAUUAUAACUUCAAAGUCUACAUUAAAGAAAUAAUAACAAACAUACAAAUAAAACCCGACUCAAAUAUCAACCCUGCAAUUAUUACUGGAGUUUUUAAAGGUUUCAUAUCACAAGCCACCAAAAUCUGUUCCGAAAAACACAUUAACAACGAGGUUCAGUUUAUAAUAGAUAUAUUUGUUGAAAACGGCCAUAAGAGAUCAAAUCUAGAAACGAUUGCCGUGAAUUACCUGUCAAGUAAAAACAAUCCAAACAGUAAAGUUGCAAAAAAACUAGAAAAUAAUGUUGCGAUAAUAAAGCUAUCUUGGCUACCAACACUUGGACCAAAACUACAAAAAGCAUUUAGAACAUAUAAUGUCAAAGUUAUUUUUACAACACCAUCUAAUUUAAAAACAAUUCUCUGUAGUAACAAAUCUAGUUUAAUUCCAAACAGCAAUCCUGGGGUGUACAAGCUUACGUGUUUGUGUGGGGGAAGCUAUAUUAGGGAAACAAAAAAGAGAAUUUUGCAAAGAAGCAUAAAACACCAAAUUAAUAGCAUGAAUGACAAUUGGCAUGCUUCUGCUGCUACUGAGCAUUGCAAAGAAUGUUAUGGGAUAUUCGACUGGCUGCACCCAAAAACUUUAUCUAUAAAUAACAAUUACCAUGAAAGGAAAAUAAGAGAAUCGCUUGAAAUUAACUAUGCACAAACAUCUCAGGAGGUUAAAAAAUUCCUAGCACUGUUUAACAGGGAUAACGGGGUAAAAGUUGCUUCAAAUAGUUGGAGACCACUAUUUAAGAAAAUCGUAAAAAAACAAAACAAUUUUUGCUGA